AUGACACUUAAACUGUUGCCAAAAUCGGAACUAGCAAUCAGGCAAGUAUCAGCAUUGUUUCACGUUUCCUCUGCUCCUCAAUUUAAUAAUCUACAACAAUAUCAAAAUCAAAUAAUGGCUAAUAACAGAAUUCAUCAACAACGUUUAUCCAUCCAACAAGGGGAGAUUGGAAGACCAAUAGAAGGGAUAAACAACAUUCCCGGAUUUUACAAAACCCGACCCUCAAUCCAGUCAAGAAUUUCAAUUCAACACGACAUAUUAACACCAAAACAGUCCUUAAUUCAACAUGAACGUAGACUACUUUUACAGGCUAUAGUCCUGUUUGUUGUUGAAUUCUCUUUAAGUACGAUUUGGUUUUUACAAAUGGUUGACUUGCUUCCGGAUGGAAUAAUUGCUAAUGUAUUGGCAAAUUGGUAUUGGAUAUUCUACAAUGGAUUUAGACCCUUUGUCUAUUUGGCUAUGAACAAGUAA